AUGAGUUGGGCGCGCUUGUUGAUCGAAUCCGUCAGUUCUGUCGAGCAGGUACGUCACACAAGUCCUUCGAAAUGCCAUGUCACUCACUUAUUUGCUGCCGUGUCCUGCCUGCUGGUUUUCACAGCGACCGAUGCCGCCCACCGCAUCGCCCAACGCUCAGGUGCAGACAGACAGACAGACAGACAGAAACGCGUAUGGUGAGAAGAGCAUCACAUGUUCAAUGCCGUAAUGACUGUGCCGCUCGUCAGGUUGGUCAUAGUGGUACUGUUGCUGCUGCUGCGGGUCCCAGUGAGCCGUCUCAGAACAACACAGCUGCGCCAGGCGCUCCUGGGGUGCGCACAGCCGAGAGAAGACACACGAACACGACUAAGCAUGAUGACAUCUGCGUGUCCUUGCUGUCAGGUCGGUUCCCCGCCGGUGCUCUCUGCUGCAUCGCCCCCUUUCGCUGGCCAUGCCAUGCCGAUGCUGCCGAUGGUCCAUCCGUCUGGCCCCCCUGCCGCCACGAUAGCGUCCCACCGCCCCUCAUCACUCUGUGGCGGUCCCCCUCCAAUCAACCCUGGCGGUGCUGCGGCUCCCCACGCGCACUAUCUGCCCCCUUCCCGGCCGCCAGCAGCUCCAUUCGGGCCAUCGCCGCCGAGCCAUCCCCCGCCACGCGCCGUGUUGCAUUCUCCUCCUGGCCGUCCACCGUCGCCCCCCACUGGACUCCAUCCUGGUGCAACCGCUCAGGCGUUGCCAGUAGGGGGAGGCCCUCCACAGCCACCGCCGCAUCCCUGGCCGCCCAGAGGCGCCGCACCACACGCGUCAGGGCAUCCCAUGUUCGUACCAUCCGCACGUCCCCCUCUCCCCGCCAUUUCCCUCCCUGGUGGCACAGCUGCUUCACAGCCGCACCAUCAGGUCCUCUUCCCGCCGCCUGCAGCAGCCUCAGUGUCCAGGGGAUGUGCACGGCCACUACCAUGA